AUGAGUAAGAAAAUAGAUCUUUUAGACAUAAAAGAACUUGAUAUUAAUUAUAUUGAAUUAGAUCCUGUAAUUGAAAGUGAUAGUAAUACUAUUAAAAGUAAUAAAGAUACUGAUAUAAGUGAUAAAGAAGAAGAUUCAAUCGCAAUAUUUUCAAGAAAAACACAUAUACAAGAAGUUCAUUAUGCUACUGUACCAAUUGAAUAUCCAAAAACUUCAGAAUAUGGUGUUGCCAUAAUAUAUAAUAUUACAGAUUGGAAGAAUUCAAGAGACUAUUGGAAAAAUGUAAGUGAAGGUAGUCAAAGUUCAAUUAAAAACUGUUCAUUUUUUGGUAAUAUUAGUGUUAAAAAAGAAGAAAGAAACUGUAUGGAAAUCAAGUACUGUGAAUUUAUCAAUCCUGAAAUUAUUAAUAUGAGCCAUAAUGAAAUAGAUUUUGAUUCAGAAUUUUGGCAAGAAAUCAGUAAGAAUAAACAUGUUGAGACAAAAAAAUCAAAGACCUAUACAUAUAUAUAA